AUGUAUCCACUGUUCCUCGGAAUGCCCCUGACCCCCACCAGCCUCCUGUCACUCAAACAGAGCCAAAUCUACUCUGCCCAGAGUUUACUCGAGUAUUUCUGCAGAAAAAAUUAUUGGUCUCCUCCCGAGUACCACCUCUACUCCACUCCUGGACAUGACGGCAAACUGCUGCUGCUGUAUAAGGUGAUUCUGUCGUCCACUCACAGCACUUACAUCCCAGACAAACUGUGUUUUCUUCUGGAUGAUGCUAAAGAGUUGGCGGCCCAAACCACUCUCUGGAACCUUGACACAGUGCUGCAAGGGGGCAUGUCCUCCAAUCACAGCGCCUCUUCCUCGGCCUUUACUAAACCACAAAUCCUGGGUUCACGUAGAACUCCCGCACUGGCCUCAGACUUUGAUCUUAUCUCUGGACUACAGAAGGUUUGUUGUGUUUUGACAGUUCCUCCCUUCGAGUCCCGUUCAGAUGUUUUGGAGUUUUCAUUCUUCUGA